AUGGGUUCUUGUAAAGAAGACAAUGGAAAUCUACCAAAUUGCUUGUGGGUUGAAGGACCUAUCAUAGUAGGUGCUGGACCAUCUGGCCUAGCAGUCUCAGCUUGUCUUAAAGAAAAUGGUGUACCUUCUGUUAUUCUUGAGAGAAGUGACUGUAUAGCUUCUUUAUGGCAACAAAAAACCUAUGAUCGUCUCAAACUCCACCUUCCAAAACAGUUCUGUGAGCUUCCACUUCUAGGUUUCCCGGAAAAUUUUCCAAAGUACCCAACUAAGCACCAGUUCAUAUCAUACAUGGAAUCAUAUGCCAAACACUUCUCAAUUGAGCCUAAGUUCAAGCAAGUGGUACAGAGAGCCGAGUUUGAUCAAGUUAGUGGGGUCUGGAGGGUUCAAACUCAAAAUUUUGAGUAUGUUUCUAGGUGGAUAAUAGUUGCUACUGGAGAAAAUGCUGAACCAAAAAUACCAGAAAUUCCUGGGAGUGAGAGGUUUGAAGGCCCUGUGGUGCAUACAAGUGGGUAUAGGUCUGGUUCUGAAUUCAAACACCAGAGGGUUUUGGUGGUGGGGUGUGGAAAUUCUGGUAUGGAAGUUAGCUUAGACCUCUGUAGAUACAAUGCCAGCCCUCACAUGGUGGUUAGAAGUACUAUUCAUAUUCUUCCUAGGGAAAUGUUUGGACUAUCAACAUUUGGAAUAGCUAUGGCACUGCUCAAAUGGAUACCUUUAAGAUUAGUGGACAAGCUUCUCUUGUUGAUGGCAAAUUUCACUCUCGGAAACACAGAUAGGUUAGGUCUUCACAGGCCCAAGACUGGUCCAAUUGAGCUAAAAAAUGCCACAGGAAAGACCCCAGUGCUUGAUGUUGGAGCUUUAUCGCAAAUAAAAUCCGGAAACAUCAAGGUAAUGGAAGGUGUGAGAGAGAUAACAAGAAAAGGGGCCAAGUUCAUGGAUGGACAAGAAAGAGAGUUUGAUUCUAUAAUUUUAGCAACUGGGUACAAGAGCAAUGUGCCUUCAUGGUUCAAGGGAAGUGAUUUCUUCACAGAGGAGGGUAUGCCCAAAACACCAUUUCCUAGUGGUUGGAAGGGAGAGAAUGGGUUGUAUGCUGUAGGAUUCACCAGAAGAGGACUUCUUGGGACUUCAGCAGAUGCCUUCAACAUUUCCAGAGACAUUGGAGGCGGGUUCGGCUGUCCUGGGAUUCCAUUCUUCAAUCUUUCACCAAGCAUAACUCCUGUGUUCAUUCUGCUUUUUCUGGGAAGUGAUUUCUUCACAGAGGAGGGUAUGCCCAAAACACCAUUUCCUAGUGGUUGGAAGGGAGAGAAUGGGUUGUAUGCUGUAGGAUUCACCAGAAGAGGACUUCUUGGGACUUCAGCAGAUGCCUUCAACAUUUCCAGAGACAUUGGUGAUCAAUGGAGGGCACUAAGAGACAGCAACCUACAAAGAUAG